AUGGGACUUUCCAGCGGCAAUUCAAGGCGCACUGCUGCUGUCAGUCCUGCAGAACCCCCCGCCCAGCAGAGUGGUAGCUGCUGCUACACAGGGCGAGUGCGGAGGGAUGCAGAUGGAAGCGGGAAAAGCAGCAACAGCUUUUCAACUCGCCAGCCCGAUGUUAGCUGCCUGGCAGAGGGGCGCGCAGCCCUGCCGGACCUUCGCUACCACAGCAGCCGUGGCACCGCCAGUGCACGCAGUAUCUCGCCUGGGUCCAGCUGGGCGGCAUACUUCCACGCCAAGAACUCGCAAGGUCUGCCCCUCCCCUUGCCGUUGCUGCACUCGCAAGGGCUGUCCGUUUUGCCCUCGCCUCUCCCUCUGCUUGUCGCAGAGCUUCUGGAGACGCCCCAGUCAGUCAACCAUGGUGGUGAAUGUGGAGGGGUGGGCCGGAGCACAGCGGUGGAAGCGGCAUCAGCUGGAGCAAGAUUGAGCCGACCAGCGUCUGAGAUGCGAGACACGAGUCGGGGUGGUGCGUUCAUCGUUCCUGACUUGAACCUGCCUGCUGCUGGUGCUGACGGUGCUGAUGCUGGUGGCACUGCCGCUUGUGAUGCUGCUGCUGGUGCUGCGGGUGGUGGUGGUGGUGGUGGUGCUGGUGGUGGUGGUGGUGGUGGUGAUCUAGCAGCGGGCUGUCUGGGUGUGGUAGUGAUUUCUGAUGAAUCGCCAGCCGUUGUGAACCGCCGCCUUGACUUGCGACUGCCACUGGAGCGCCCUGUCUCCCCAUCCCUGGACGAGGUGCGACCCCCAUGGCCAUCAGCAGCACCAUCGCGCUUCCGCUUUCUCUCCACUGCCUCGUGCUCCUCCACACGCUUCACGCUGUCCUCAGGCACCACCUCCCCGCAUGCGUGCUGCGUCCUCUCCGAGUCGAAGGACUCUCUUCCAAUCUCCGCGUUCUGCUGA